AUGACAAGUAAGAAACCAGCAUUACCGCAACUAUCCAAAGAGAGCUUGGAAAAACAUUUAUUACCGGAGUUGUAUCAAUGGGCAUUGUCUCAUGGUCUUCUGGUGUAUAAGCCUGAAACACCCCAAACUCAAACAGCAAUGGUAGCUUUAACCACAUACCCUACACCAGUACCACGUGCUUGUUUUGAAUCUGCCCAAGAGGUACAAGUACCAUUCAACGAGUUGUAUGCUAGAAUCUCAUCGUCAGACUGGUUAUAUAAGGAGACUAAAUUAUUGUCAGCAUCGGAUGAGGAUUUCACAGGUAAGCUAUUUGCCAUUCAACUGAAACUUGAUGAAUUUGCCACGACAGUAUCCAAAGAUGUCAUUCAACCAUUACGUCUAGGAAUUUUCCGUUCCGAUUAUAUUGUCGAUAAAAAUUCUAAUUCCAUCAAACAAGUAGAAUUCAACACAGUAUCCGUCUCAUUUUCUGGCUUUUCAGGGAAGGUUGCAGCCUUACAUCAGACUUUGGACUCUAAGGGAUUAUAUCAAGAGGAAAGUAAUAGAACACCAUUUUUUCAACCUAAUUAUGAAAUUCCAGUAUCAUUUCCCUCUGCCGGGUUUGCCAAGGCGAUGGAAGUCGCAUUAUCAAAAUAUGAUACUCCAAAUGACAGAGCAAAUUUGGUAGUGGCAUUUAUCGUUCAACGUGGUGAAAGAAAUGUCUUUGAUCAAAAAUGUAUAGAGAAUGAACUUUGGGAGAAUCAUGGAAUUAAAACUGUUCGUUUGAAUUUUGAUGAUGUAUUAACUGAAUUAAAAUUAGACGCUAACAGCAAUAGACUUUAUAUGAAGCACACAGGUCAAGAAGUUGGUCUUGUCUAUUACAGAACAGGAUAUACAACUUCUGAUUAUGAAAUUGAAAAGGACUGGGAUGCGAGAUUCUUCUUAGAGAAAUCAUACGCUAUUAAGGCUCCUGAUUUGAUGACUCAAUUAUCAGGUGCUAAGAAAGUUCAACAACUAUUAACUGAUGAUACGAUUUUAACUAAAUUUGUAAAGGAUGAGCAUGUUAAAGAUCAAUUGAAAGAAACAUUUGUAAAGAUCUUCCCAUUGGAUGACACGCCACUUGGUGAAGAAGGGAAACGUCUUGCAAUGGAAUCACCUCAUAACUAUGUCCUUAAGCCUCAAAGAGAAGGUGGUGGAAAUAACAUUUAUAAGGAAGAUAUACCUGGAUUCUUGCGAGGAUUGGAUAAAGACCAAUGGAAUGGCUAUAUUCUAAUGGAACUAAUUGAUAGUGAUGCCACGGAAGGGAAUAUUAUUUGUAAUGGAGACUCCACUUUUGCUGUACCUAUCUUGAGUGAGCUGGGUGUUUACGGUACAGUAUUAUUUGAUCAUGAUAGCAACAUCUUAUACAAUGAGAGCCCAGGUUGGUUAUUGAGAUCCAAAUUCGGUGAUUCUAAUGAAGGUGGUGUAGCAGCCGGGUUUGGUUGUUUAGACAGUGUGGUAUUAUACUAA